AUGGCGAUCGCAUCUGCACCAGUCACUGCCAACCGCGGCCGCCAGUCCUCCAUGUUUCUCGUCCAACAACUAUCCAAAGCCCAUGAUCUCGUCUUGCGCACAUUCCGCAUGCUCAUCGCUGAUCUAUGCCAGCAGUUUGGAGGUGGCCAUCCAGGAGGUGCGAUUGGGAUGGCUGCCAUCGGAGUAGCCCUGGGGCGGUACGUGAUGGGAUAUGCGCCUCACACUCCGGACUUCUUCAACCGCGACCGAUGCAUUCUGUCUAACGGACACGCCUGUCUUCUCCAGUAUUGCUUCCUCCACCUGACCGGCUACAAAGCCAUGACCUUUGACCAACUCAAAUCCUACCAUUCUGAUCGGGUUGAUGCGUUAUAUCCUGGCCAUCCUGAGAUCAGAAAUGCUCUGGUUGGCGUUGAUCCCACCCAAGCGAAUACGGGCCCUCUUGGCACACUGUUUUAG